CUGAAUAAACCUUCUUUAUUUAUGGCAGUAUUCACAGAAAGUGAAUAGCCAGUGACUAAAACGCCAGCAAUACCCUCAGACUGCUCUACAGCGGCUUUCAGGUGCCACAAUGAAUGAAAGCACACUGUUUACAUGUGCUCUGGUCUUAACGAGUCUGAUGGUAGCCUCGAUCAAAGCAGGAAACAUCCUGGUAGUCCCAGUCGAUGGCAGCCAUUGGAUCAACAUGAAAGUCUUGAUUGAGGCACUUCAUGACAAAGGACACAAAAUUACAGUGAUACGAGCAGCAGAAAGCUGGUAUAUUACUGAAAAGUCCCAUCUUUACACUUCCAUCACCAUCCAAAAUCCUGGGCUGUUUGAUGAGGAAAUAAUAGAAGGUUACAUAAACAGGCUUUUAGAAAUCCGGAGGGAGGGCUCCAUCUUUGCUCGCCUGAUGCUGGAGAAGGAGAUGUGGGAAAAAGAACGAGAAAUUCUGGAAUAUGAUAAGGAACUGGUGAUGAGCAUAGUUAAGAACAAGCAGUUGGUGAAAUCCUUGAAAGAUGCAAAAUUUGACUUGUGUCUUGUUGACCCUGCUUCAGUUAAUGGUGCUAUUAUAGGACACUUUCUAAAACUACCUCUUGUUUUCAACGUUCGUUGGCUUACCCAUGGUGAAGGUCAUUUUGCGAUAGCCCCUUCACCACUAUCUUAUGUUCCUGUGCAAAUGCAGGAGUUACCAGAUCGCAUGAGCUUUUUCCAAAGAGUAUUUAACGGGGUCAUGUACAUUGUUACAAAUUUACAAGUAAAGUAUUUUCUGGAGCCAACCUACAACGCACUGUGUGAUCGUGUUUUUGGUCCAGGAGUAAACUACUAUGAAAUCGUUCAAGGAGCAGAUUUAUGGCUUUUCAGAAGUGACUUUGUUUUUGAUUUUCCACGACCCACUAUGCCAAACAUUGUCUACAUGAGCGGUUUCCAGUGCAAACCAUCAAAGCCUCUUCCAGGAGAUCUUGAGGACUUUGUGCAGAGUUCUGGUGAACAUGGUGUCAUCAUCAUGUCUCUGGGUACAUUCAUUGAAAAGCUUCCUCGUGAUGUUGCUGAUGCAGUAGCUGAAGCAUUUGCAGAGCUUCCACAGAAAGUUAUCUGGAGAUACAAAGGAGAAAGACCAUCAACCCUUGGGAACAACACUUUACUGGUGGACUGGAUGCCUCAGAAUGAUCUCCUUGGUCACCCCAAGACCAGGGCCUUUGUGGCACAUGGUGGAACUAAUGGAGUUCAAGAAGCUAUCUAUCAUGGAGUUCCUCUUGUUGGUUUGGGGCUCAUCUGGGAUCAGCCUGACAAUCUUUUAAAAAUGAAAGUUAGGGGAGCAGCUAAGAUGGUUAACUUGGCAACCUUGGACAAGAACUCCUUCCUCCAAACUGUAAAAGAAGUUCUUCAUGAUCCUUCAUACCGGGAAAACAUGCAGAGACUCUCCAGACUCCAUAAAGACGUACCUGUAAAGCCCUUAGAUAAUGCUGUCUUCUGGAUUGAGCAUGUUAUGAGGCAUGGUGGUGCUCCUCAUCUACGAACUGAAUCUUACAAAAUGCCCUGGUAUUCUUAUCACUCUGUUGAUGUCCUGCUGUUCCUGCUGUCUGUAGUUUCAUUAAUAGUCUUUAUUACGUACAGAGUCAUCAGAUAUUGCUGCUGUAGGCUGUGCAUGAGGAGGAAAACCAACAAACGAGAGUGAUAACAGAUGCUGUAAAUACUGUACAUCUCUUAAAACCCGAAGCCUAGACAAAAGACACCUCGCCCCCAGACUGAGCACCAAUCAACAGUUGAGUUACAGUCUAACAAUAACUGAUAGCUCUCUAUAGCAAAUCAGAAUCACAAAUUAAACACUUGAGCAUUAUAUUCAAGAAGCGUCUAGAAAAAGACUAAAGAUUCUCAUGCCUUGCAGCAUUAAGGAGCACUGUACUUUUCUCUACACCUUAAACACUCUGGUCCCACUUCCCUGAAAGCAGUUUUUAUUGUAGAGCUAACAGUCCCAUGGGAGAACUUAGUAAAAGAGACCUAUAAGCCCAAGAAACUGCUCUACGCAGAACUAGCAGCAGAUGCUCAAGGUUUUGUGGCCACUUCCACUAUCAGGCUGUUGAAAGAUCUUAGCAUCUAUGGCCAGACUCUGCGAACGACUAUUAACUCAGUCUCUAAAACGUCUGAAAGAAGCAGCCAGUGGAUCUGGAUCAAGCAGAAGGACCCUAACUGGGAGCAAAGAACAUCUACAUGACCUGUUGGCUAGUCCCUCCUCCCUAUCCCCCACUUGAGUCCUAUAGGCAAGUUAAACAUCCAGGCAAUCCUCUUGAUUGGGCAUGAGACACAGGCUCAGGCUUGAUCACCACCUUUAAUGAGAGUGUCUGCUGUUUAAAGGCUAAAACACCACCUGAUUCAAAGCCAUACUACUGAUGUGUCCCAAAAUUAAAAUUUUCCAAGGCAAACCACAUGUGUAUUAUUUUUUGGCACAAAGGACAGUAUAUCAUUUCGUCCUAGUGUGUCUUUCACUGUAAUCAGAUAUGACACUGCAGUUCAUGUUAGCAUGUGUUGCAUGAAUGCGCUAGCCAGCAUAGUCCAGAUCACUUUAGCUAACCUAGCUUAGAUAUCUCAGACACCCUCUGCCUUGUUGUCCCAGCUGCACAUAGACCACUGAUAUGAAUACGAACACUCCAAUUCCUGUCCCUAGUAAGCUAACCUAGUGCUUGUGAUAAAUGACCUGGCUAAAGUAGCUUAGUUACCUUAGUUUUCUCCACCUGUCGAAUUCACUCCCAACAUCUACUCUGUUUUAAUCCCUCUUUGGUCACUGAUCUUUUUUUGACGAAUGCUGAGGCUUUUUAGGCUGUGUAGCAGCUAAGAUUUGCUUGCUUGCUUCCAUGGCCAUUGGCCACACCCACACAAAUCUCCCUCAGAUACUGCACAGUUCCAGUAAUAAAAGACUGUCUUUAGCUCUGCUGACCAGAGCUGCCAGUGCUUUAACUCAGCAUGUUUCCUUAAUAUCCAGAUCAUACAUUUACUACUGAAAAUAUAAUUCUUAAUGGUCCUUUAAUUUCAAAAUAAUAGAUUAUUUGCUAUGUAGUCACACCAAUGACUUGUGACUUGUGACUCCUGGGAAUCACAAUUUUCCCUACUUUGGUUACAAAUAUUAUAUAUCAUAGGUAUGUGUAGAUAAUUACAGUUAAAUAAAACACUUAUUGUCACAAAAUAUGGUAUGCACCCUUUUUCUUUUACAUUUCUGGGGUGUUUGGAAUACUAAACAGUUGAUUAAAAAAACAAAUAUUGGCUAUUGAUGGCUCAUGAAGAUUUACAUGUUAAAAUAAUAUUUUGGUAAAAUAUAAUUUUUUUUUUUUUGCCGUAACACUUUUUUUUUUCCAAGCAUAAUAUCUGUAAAGGCUAAGGGUGGAAAAAUGAACAUUUCCAGAUAAUUAAGUAUUUGUGGAACCACAAAACUGACAUACAGAUUCUAGAUUGAAUUUAAAUCAGGAUGUUUUUGUUCAACCAUUCCUGUAGUACUUUGUCUCCCAAUAGUUAUGGUAGUUAUUUCUGAUGUGACCAUUUGGAAAUUUGGAAGCUAAGAGGCAGUUAAAUUAGGGGUUACAUUAGCUUAACUGGUUAUGUCUGGUAUAACGUGAACAAAUAUAUCUUUUUAUAUUUCCCUUUAGCUUUGCUGACCAGAGCUGACAGUGCUUAAACUUUGCAUGCUCCUUAAUAUCCUUAAUGAUAUUUUCAUUUCAAAAUAAGAGAUUAUCUACUAUGUGGUAACACCAGUGACUUGCCUGUUGGUGUCAUUGUUUUAUUAAAUAAUAGUUUAAAAAUAAAUUCAUGCUCCCCAAGGAGAAUUUGGGAGGUUUAUGCUCUAUUUCUGCUCCUGUCCAACAAUCUUUAUAUC